CGUGCACCUGCGGUAACGUGAUCUUUCGUAAAGAGAUUCUCGCCUUGCUGCUGUUGCUUUCCACGAUCACGUCUUCGAGAUAUUCUUUUUAUUUCAUGUCGUUUCACAAAACUCCGAAAGAAGCUCUGUUAGGCUCCGCUACACUAGGAGUGAUCCUUAUAGCUGGUUAUUAUUUCAGUAAAGGCCGAGGCAGGAGUAUGUCUAAUCUUAAGAGCCACGUUGGUAACAAGGACAACCCCUUGAUGCAGUAUGUCCUCAACCACUCUAUGAGGGAACACCCUGCUCUCAAGAAGCUGCGGCUGAUUACCAUGGACCAUAGGUGGAAUGCCAUGAUGGUGGCAUGUGAGCAGUCUCAGUUUAUGGCAAACCUAGUCAGAUCAAUUCAAGCCAAGAAGGCCAUUGAGAUUGGUGUGUACACUGGUUAUAAUGCCCUAAGUAUUGCUUUGGCACUUCCUGAGGAUGGUAAAGUUGUGGCAUGUGACGUGAGUGAGGAAUACGUGAACAUCGGCAGACCUUUCUGGAAAGAGGCUGGAAUUGAACACAAAAUAGACCUACGGCUGCAGCCAGCACUAAAAACUCUGGAUGAGUUGUUGGCUGCAGGGGAGGCGGAGACAUUUGACUUCGUUUUUAUUGAUGCGGAUAAGAUGAACUAUGAUAAUUACUAUGAGAAAUCUCUGCAGCUGCUGAGGAAAGGAGGUAUCAUUGCCAUUGACAACGUGUUAUGGAGCGGGAAGGUCUUGAAGCCAGCAGAGGAUGAUCUGGACACCCAGAGCAUCGAUAAGCUAAACAAGAAACUGCACAGGGACAUCAGAGUGAAUCUGAGCAUGUUAACUGUAGGAGAUGGCCUCUCAUUAGCAUUCAAAAUAUAAAACCAUCUAUGCUGGUACAGUCAAAUGCUGCAGUUAAUGUUCAAAUACUAUCACUUGGCAUUUCGUAGUAGUAUUAAAUGCAAUCACAUUGUAAUGGUGUUGUUACAACACUGCUUCAAUAUUAGCUAAGUUUAACUAAGUCUUCCCAGUCUCUCUCAUGUGGACCCCAUGAUCUGCAUUUGAGUGUAUUUUUUCUGCAGUGCAAUUUGCAGUGCAUGGGGAACCCAGGAGUCAGACUGAGAACGUGUAGUUUAAAUUUUGAAGUGCCAUUCAACAGACUCAACAAGUGAACUUAAACAUUUCUACUCAAACCUCACACAGAUGAGAAAUAAGGUGAGACUUGACAGGACUGUGACUUAGCUUGCCAAUGUUUAAGUGAUUGGAACCAGAGUAAUGUUGGAUUUAUUUUUAAGCAUUUUUAAUGAAUUGUAUGUUUAAGUCUAAAUUUACGUCUCAAUUUUAAUAUAGUUGCAAAAACCUUUAAAAGUCAAGGAUAACAUUGUUGCCUAAACAUUUACAGUCACCAGCUUGGAAAACACUAUGUCUGAUAAAUAAAACUAGAAACAUGA